CAGCACACCCGCCCUGAGAACUGGAACUAUGCCGCGGGGCCGGCCUCGCAAACUGAGAGUUAAAAGCAGCGACGAAGCAGAUGCAGAUCCCAGUGAAAGCAAGGCGGACAUUUUCAGCGAUGGAGAGCUCAAGGACAAGAAGUGCUCCAUAUGCUCUCAGAUCUUCACGACCGAGAGCCAGCUGCAGAAGCAUCUCCGCGAGCAUGAGAGCAACGACAAGCCUCACCGAUGCGACCAGUGUCCGCAAACAUUCAACGUGGAGUUCAACCUCACGCUGCACAAGUCCACACACACCACGUCGGACUUCACCUGCCCCGUGUGCAACAAGAGGUUCUCCCGCAUCGCCAGCCUCAAGUCGCACGUCAUGCUGCACGAGAAGGAGGAGAACCUGAUCUGCGCCGAGUGCGGGGAUGAGUUCGUCCUCCAGAGCCAGCUCUCGCUGCACCUGGAGGAGCACCGCAAGGAGCUGUCCGGCAUCCGCGUCUACACCUGCAAGACCUGCGGCAAGGAGUUCAAGACGUCGGCGCAGAUCAAAGAGCACAUGAAGACUCACGUCAAGAUGAGGCCGCUCGCCUCCAGCUCCAGGAACUACAAGAAGAACAUCGAUCGCAGCGGCUUCACCAACAGCUGCCACCACUGCGGGAAAGCCUUCAAGAAGCCCAGCCAGCUGGUCAGACACAUCCGGAUACACACAGGUGAAAGACCCUACAAGUGCGCCCACUGCGGCAAAGCCUUCAACCAGAAGGUGGUGCUGCAGACUCACAUGGUGAGGCACACCGGGGAGAAGCCGCACCUCUGCAUGUUCUGCCCGGCGUCCUUCUCCCAGAAGGGGAACCUGCACUCGCACGUCCAGAGGGUCCACUCAGAGACUAAAGGCGUGCCACUGUUUCCAUGCAUGGACUGCAGCUGCAUAUUUAAGAAGCUGGGCAGCCUGAACGCCCACAUCAGCAAGAUGCACAUCUCUGUGAUCGAGGCGCCCUCCAGCAAUCCGGAGACAGAGGCAGCAGGUCAGGGUCCGGUGGGUUCAGAGGGCGGCGAGGGAGUGACGGACGUCAUCCAGCAACUCCUGGAACUCUCGGAGCAGGUGAGCGGGGAGACGGCACAGCCCCAGCCUCCAGAGCCUGCCAUCGCCAUGGAAACCGCCAUCAACCCGGACAUCCUGCAACAAGCUCUGGAGAACAGCGGGCUGAGCGUGGUCCAUCCGCCGAGCGAGGCGGCGUCCAGAGAGCCGCAGAGCCAGGCGGCCGAGGGCGGCGCCGCCGUGGACAACAAGAAAAUCCAAUGUGCAGACAAACCGGUCCGGGAGAAGAAGAGGAGCAUUUUUAAGAAACCCAUACAAAUGCCAGGCUCCAUCAGGGAGGAGGACGGCGUGCGCUGGCAUGGCUGCCCGUACUGCGCCAAGGAGUUCAAGAAGCCCAGCGACCUGGUCCGCCACAUCCGCAUCCACACCCACGAGAAGCCCUUCAAGUGUAAACAGUGCUUCAGGGCCUUCGCCGUCAAAAGCACCCUCACAGCACACAUGAAGACGCACACCGGCAUCAAGGCCUUCGAGUGCCAGAGCUGUCUGAAGUGCUUCUCCACGUCUGGCAGCAUGAAAGUGCACAUGCGGCUGCAUACAGGUGUGCGCCCCUUCCCCUGCCCUCACUGUGACAAGAUCUUCCGCACGUCCGGCCACAGGAAGACUCACAUCGCCUCGCACUUCAAGAGCUUACAGCAGAAGAAGCACAAAUUCCCUCGCAAAGCCAACAAAGCCAAAGUGUCCAAAAGCAACCUACCUCUGCCCGACAUCCCGCUGCAGGAGCCCAUCCUCAUCACCGACUUUGGCCUCAUCCCGUCCCAGAACCCGCGCCUGGCUUUCCAGCAGUACCUGGACGUGGUGGGCAACGACCGGCCGUACAAGUGCAAAUACUGCAACAAGGCCUACAAGAAGUCGAGCCAUCUGAAACAGCACGUCAGGUCUCAUACUGGAGAAAGGCCCUUCAAGUGUGUGCAGUGCAGUCGAGGUUUCGCCUCCUCGGGAGUCCUCAAGGCCCACAUCCUGACGCACUCCGGCCUGAAAGCCUACAAGUGUCUGAUCUGCGACACCACCUUCACCACCAGCGGCAGCCUGCGGCGCCACAUGACCACCCACAGCGACCUGAGGCCCUACAUGUGCCCCUACUGCCAGAAGACCUUCAAGUCCUCGCCCAACUGUCGGAAGCACAUGAAGACGCACAGGUAUGAACUGGCCCAGCAGCUGCAGCCUCAGUCAGGAGACGACCCUCUGGGGACGAGCACCGUGGCUCACGACAUCCAGGUGGAGAUCGAGGGGGACGGCCUCCAGCAGGCCGCGGGCACCAUGGCGGAGCAGCAGAGCAUGCUGGGACUGGGCCAGGCGGAGGUUGUGAACGGAGGACAGCAAGUGACGCUGGAGGCUCCGCUGACCGACCAGCCGCUGGUCCAGGGGGAAGACUCCUAUGUGACUACCCAGCAUGCAUUGCCGCAGAACAUUGGCCAGUUCGAGACACCAGCGCUUCCUCAGCCGGCGUUCGACCAGCAGGCUCUGACACAAGGUUUCACCAUCGCCGAGUCGAGCUACGGCCAGUCGCAGUUCUCCGCCGUGCAGCAGCUGCAGGACUCCAGCACCCUGGAGUCUCAGGCUCUGUCCUCCAGCUACCACCCGCCCAACCUGCUGCACGUCCCCACCGCCGAGGUGGCGAACGGGCUUCUUCAGCAGAGCGAUCAGAGCGAGCUCCAGCUGCCUGCAGACACACAGGAGUACCAGGAGGACAGCGAGGACAACACCAAGAGAGCCUACAGGUGCUCGUGGUGCAACAAAGGCUUCAAGAAGUCGAGCCACCUGAAGCAGCACGUGCGCUCCCACACCGGGGAGAAGCCCUUCAGAUGCCACAUGUGCGGCCGAGCGUUCGUGUCCGCCGGCGUGUUGAAGUCGCACCUCAACACUCACACAGGAGUGAAGCCCUUCAAGUGUAGCGUCUGCGACGCCUCCUUCACCACCAACGGCAGCCUGAACCGCCACAUGAUCAUCCACAUCAAGUCCUUCAAGUGCUCCAUGUGCGACGAGAGCUUCCGGACCAGCCUGCUGUGCAAACGCCACAUGAAGAAGGAGCACGCCGUGGAGCACCACAUUGUAGGCUUUGGAAGUCAGGACGUGGAGGAAGACGAGGAUGAAGAGGAAGGCGAACCGAAAUCUCUGAAGAGGCGGAGCGCGGAGAUCAUCACGCUGACCGAGGAGGAGGCGGCCGAGCUGGCCAAAGAUCCCGGCGAGGAGGCCUCGGUGUCGGAGCGCAUCCUGGCGCAGUCGGCCGCCGAGAGGGAUCGGAUCAGCGAGAUCAAGGACAAGGCCGUGGAGCUGGAAACCGAACCCAAGUUCGCCAACUGCUGCAGUUAUUGCCCCAAGAGCUUCAAGAAGCCCAGCGACCUGGUCAGGCACAUCAGGAUCCACACGGGAGAGCGGCCGUACAAGUGUGACGAAUGUGGGAAGAAGUUCACGGUGAAGUCGACUCUGGACUGCCACGUCAAGACACACACAGGCCAGAAGCUGUUCAGCUGCCACAUGUGCAACACCUCCUUCUCCACCAAGGGCAGCCUGAAGGUGCACAUGCGCCUCCACACCGGCUCCAAGCCCUUCAAGUGUCCCUUCUGCGACCUGCGCUUCAGGACCUCGGGCCACCGCAAGACCCACAUCCAGUGCCACUUCCGGCCGCACAGCGACGUCCGCAAGUCCAAGCGCUCCUCGUCGUCGUCCUCCUCCUCCGGCGGGGUCAGGCAGGGUCACGACCCCGACGCGGGGCAGCCCGUGGCCCCGGGUCAGGGUCAGCAGCCGGCCGCCCCCGAGGCGCUGCAGCCGGUGGGGCUGCUGCAGCCGCCCACCUCCGACCCCGGCAUUUACCUCCCCGCCAACCAGGUCCUGACCGGACAGUUCGACCAGAACCUCCUGCAGCCGGGACUCGUGGGACAGGCCAUCCUGCCUGCCUCCAUGUCCGCUGCGGGAGACCUGACCGUGUCUCUCUCCGACGGCCUGACCACGCUGGACGGCAUCCAUCUGCAGCUGACGCCGGCCAACCUGGUGUGUCCCAACGUCCAGAUCUCCGGCAUCGACACCAGCAACAUCAACAACAUCACGCUGCAGAUCGACCACGCCCUCCUGCAGCAGACCUUGCAGCAGGGCGGCCUCCUCUCGCAGCCCCUCAGCGUGGACGCCGGCCUGGUCCCCCACGCCGGCGGCCAGCUCAUGUCCGCCGCAGACCCCUCGGUGUCGGCCAACGUGGUCAUCCACCCGCUGACCAGCCUGGCCCUGCAGCCCUCCACCAUCGCCCCGGCGCAGGUCACCAUGGCCGGGCUCUCCGAGCAGGACGCUGCAGGUUCUCAAGACUUGAGCCACGUCAUGGGCGGCGCCGGGCUGGUGCCAGGAGGCAGCGGCAGUCAGGAGAUCACUCUGACCAUCAACAACUCCAGCCUGACUCAGGCCCUGGCCCAGGUCCAGGCCCAGGCCUCGGCCGCCGGAUCCAACACGUCGGCAGGAAACGCUCAGGAGAUCACGCUCACCAUAUCAGGUCAGGAUCUGCUCCCGCAGCAUAGCAAUCCUAACGGUGCCGAGAUGAACGGCGGCAUCCGUUUGGCGUCACCGCUCACGAGCCAGCCCAGCAGUGCGACCUUAACUAUCACCAACGACCACCUCCUACCUCAGAGCCCCGCCAGCACCGGGAUGACAGUCACCAGCCUGCCGGCGAGCACCUCCUUACCGCACACCACCGUGUCCCAGAGCCUCGUGAUGUCCCCAGGGGGCGUGGCCAACGACGGCAGCGUCACGCUGACCCUCGCCGACGCGCACGGCAUGCUGGACGGGGUCACCCUCAACCUCAACACACAGGGUCAGACGUUUCCCGCCGUGCUGAAUGACUCCAGCUUACCGGGGCCGCCGGGCGCCUCGGGCCAGCAGGUCAUCCUGGUCAGCCAUCAUUCGCAGUCCACAAACGGCGCUUCAGACAACGGAUAUAAUAUUUCCGGCAGCAGCCAGAAGGACGGGAAAGACCCUCAAGGCGAGAGUGACAACCGCAACCAGUGCUUCUACUGUCACGAGGUGUGCCAGAACGCCAACACGCUGCGGCGCCACUGCAGGCAAGCUCACGGCAAGGACCGCUGCUACGUGUGCAACGUGUGCAGGAAGGGCUUCAAGAGAGCCACACACCUGAAGGAACACGAGCGGGUGCAUCAGCCGGGACCGUCGCCCAGCUCCCAGAAGCCCCGGGUGUUCAGCUGCCCGUCCUGCGAGAAGGCGUUCGCCAAGCGCAGCCAGCUGGAGCGACACAACCGCACACACACCGGCGAGCGUCCCUUCAAGUGCAGUCAGUGCGAUAAGGCCUUCAACCAGAAGAGCGCUCUGCAGGUGCACAUGGUCAAACACACUGGAAAGAAACCCUUCAAGUGUGAAGUGUGCAGCAUCAGGUUCACGCAGAAGAGCAACAUGAAGCACCACAUGAAGAGGUCACACGGCUACGGUCAGAUCCAAGACGUGCCGCUGGGGCAGGAUGAGUCGGCGCCUCAGGUGGACGUAACACCCGAGCUGGACCUGGAGGUGGUCCCAGAAGCGUCCGGAGACUGGCACAACGUCUUCCCCUGACCACACGGCUGGAGAAGGACUGGAAAGCACUGAUCAUGUUGAGGCUUUGGCCGCGCAGCGGGGGGAAGGGGGGGGCUGUUAGUCCAGAUUAGCAGAGAAGCGAGUGGAGGCUGGUCGCCUCUGAUUGGCCUAAUGACUUCUAUCUGGUCUGCUGCAGCCCGAUGUUGGUCGAUAUGAUGACCUCCAGGGGGAUUAGACCCCCGCACCCCCGCUCAGCUGACCCCGUCGGUAAGAGAGCAGGCUCUGGAGGAUCGACGCCGCCGCCCCAGCUCUUUACGGCCGCUCGAACGACAGGAAGCUGCACACACACACGGCAUAGGAAGCUUUUCCUCUCCCUGCUUGUUUACAAGACUCUGUUUCGUUGUUGAAUUUUUUUACAUACUGAAGCUGUAAAUAUUAAACAGAGGCGCCACUUUCGGUUGGUUUUCCUGAGAAAAAACCUUUUGUUCACUGUAGUUUCGUCUUUGUAAAUUGCAUAAUUAGACGAGGUAUAUAUUUUCUGAGGAACCAUGGGUUGUUUGUGAUUCGAGCGUAAUGAAUUUCUAACGAGGCCAAGCCAAUGUACAGGUAAUAAGCUUUUUCUUUUUGCAGUUUCAUUUUCUAUUGUCAAUAAUAAAUUAAGAAAUCAUUUUUG